AACAUCAAUUUUUAUUUCUCUGGGAUAAAUGUAUUUUAUAGAACAUGUUAUCAUCAUUUUCAGCCUUGAUGUUCUCUUACAUAUCCAUGACUGAGGCCAGGUAGAUGGCUUAGUGGGUAAGAGCCCUUGCUGCAGUGGAGAGUGAGAACCAGCUCCCACAGGUUCUCCUCUGACCUCUGUGUGCACUGCCCUGCUUGAGUGCCCAAUUUGGCUUCCUUCAAUGACCCAGUGUGGUUGAAAUAAGUAAGCCAAAUAAACCUUGCCUUCCUAAGCUGCUUUGUCAUGGGACAGUUGGAUGGAAGGAGGGUCAUUUGGAGGGCACCCUCAGGCUCUGAGGAUAAACAGAAAGAAACAAAUAAAUAAAUGUAUGUAUAUAUAUAUAUAUAUAUAUAUACACAUACACACACACACACACACACACACACACACACAUAUAUAUAUACACACACACACACAUACACAUACACACACACACAUAUAUAUAUAUGUUACUGACGUCUGGAUAACCAGAGAACUGCAACCAAAGGGUCCUGUGAUCAUAAUGGUCUAAAGACUACAGUCUCCUUGUGUCCUACCAGGUCUGUUUUAUGUAUCUUGGUUACCUGCCUGCCAUGGGAUCCAGGCACUCUCAAACUUACUAAUGCAUCCUAUGUGGAAGACACUGGCUGCCCAUAGCAGGUCCUGGAUGAAGAAUGGAUCUGUCACUGUGAAUUCCUUCGAACCUCUUUAAUUUUAGCCACCUGAUCCUAGUACCUGGUUAAAAGCAUGAAAGGCUCAGGAGUGAAGCCGGGUGUGUGAUCUCCAGCGCUGGAAACUAAAAACAAUGAAGCAUCACCAAGAACGCGCAGGAAGAGUUUGCACAGACACCCUGGAGGAGCGUUGCUUUUCUUUUAUUUCCUGGAAGAGGAUGGUGGAACUUUCCCUCCUCCUGUAGCACGUGGUACCCAGCCUGGAAGACUUGUCCUCUUCUGGGUAGCUCCUCUCACCCCCAUUCCUGGUCCAGGGUCCUUAGGGCCUGAGGGUGCCCUCCAAAUGUCCCUCCUUGUAUCCAAAUGUCCCAAGGCAAAAGCGAGUUAGGAAGGAAAGGGUUUAUUCGGCUUCCUUAUCCCAGCCACACUGGAUCAUUGAGGGAAGCCAGGCACUCAACCAGGGCAGGACCUGAAGCCAGCGCCACGGAGGAAGACAACUUACUGGCUUGUUCCGUAUGGUUUGCUCAGCUUGCUCUCUUAACACUUCAGAACCUCCUUUACAGAGGUGGCACAGCCCACAGUGAUCUGGGCCCUCCCUCAUCAAUCAUCAGUUAAGAAAAUGCUCCAUAAACAGGUCUACAGGCCAAUCUGAUGGGGGUAUUUUCCCAAUUAAGGCUGCUCUCCCCAGAAGACACUAGUUGGUGUCAAACUGACAAACAAAAACUACAUAGACUAGGAAUGGUGGCCUCUCAGAAACCCAGCGAGACCUUAGUAUCCAUUCCAGAGAGUUUCUCCUCCAGGAGGCUUCCCCAGCCGGCCUGAAAUUCAGCUUCAAGUCUUUGUUUAUGCAUGACAUCAGCCUGUCACUUUUCUUCCAGAUCCCGCUGGUCGAUCCAGGUCCUAGUGCAGCUGAAGUCAGGUUGCACCGUCUACUUUCAGGGACGUGUUGUUCCCUCACUAACCUUUCGGAUAUUUCCCUUGGAGCAUCCAUGGGGCUGUUUAACAGGAAGUUCCCAGUGUUGUCCUGCUGAUGGAUUGAUCCCGGAAUAUCUCAAGACCUUCUUGGCCCCUGGGGAAGUGUGGCUUUGGAAAGGGGGCGGGGGGGGGGGUGUUAAUCAGUGAGCGCUCCACACUGUCCUAGGGCGCCUGUCUUAGUGCUAUGUCCUGGCUCCACCGCCAGAGGCUCCAGACAAGGCGGAAUGAACAAGAGCGAGCCUGCUGGAAGGCUGCCACCAGAGACGGGCGCGCGGCAGAGGCCUUAGGCCACGCGCUACGGGCUCCGGGGCUGAAAAAGCUCGCAGGAUUCGGCGCGCUCUAGGGGCUCAGCACCAGGCGCGUGCUCUCCGCUUUCCCGCCGGUCCCGCCCAUCACUGCGCUCGCCCCGCCCCACGCGGCCACCUGCUACCCAGCGCGCGCCGGUGGAGGGCGCGGGAGCGCGCGCCCGGGCGCUAGCGAGGCCGGGAGGAUGGCGCGGGCCUCACUAGUGCAGCCGGCGCUCUGGGCGCUGCUGUUGCUGCAGGUAGUGGGUCCCGCCGCGGCCGCCAAGCUUAACAUUCCCAAGGUGCUGCUGCCCUUCACGCGGGCCACGCGCGUGAACUUCACUCUGGAAGCUUCUGAGGGCUGCUACCGCUGGUCAUCCACCCGGCCAGAGGUAGCCAGCAUAGAGCCGUUGGGCUCCAGUGAACAGCAGUGCUCCCAGAAGGCAGUGGUGCAGGCCCGCUUGACCCAGCCAGCCCGCCUGACCAGCAUCAUCUUUGCAGAAGACAUCACUACAGGGCAGGUGCUGCGCUGUGACGCCAUCGUUGAUCUCAUCCACGGCAUUCAGAUUGUCUCUACCACCCGUGAGCUCUAUCUUGAGGACUCUCCACUGGAGCUGAAGAUCCAGGCUCUGGACUCAGAAGGGAAUACCUUCAGCACCUUGGCAGGACUGGUCUUCGACUGGACAAUUGUGAAGGAUACAGAGGCCAAUGGAUUCUCAGACUCCCACAAUGCACUCCGCAUCCUCACCUUCUUGGAAUCUACGUAUAUCCCACCUUCCUACAUCUCAGAGAUGGAGAAGGCAGCCAAGCAGGGCGACACCAUCCUAGUGUCUGGGAUGAAGACUGGAAGCUCCAAGCUCAAGGCUCGAAUUCAGGAGGCUGUCUAUAAGAAUGUUCGCCCUGCGGAAGUCAGGCUGCUGAUCUUGGAGAACAUCCUUCUGAAUCCAGCCUAUGAUGUCUACCUGCUGGUGGGAACCUCCAUUCACUACAAGGUUCAGAAGAUCAGGCAGGGCAAGAUUACAGAACUCUCAAUGCCUUCUGAUCAAUAUGAGCUGCAGCUCCAGAACAGCAUCCCAGAUCCUCAGGGAGACCCCGCCCGUCCUGUGGCCAUCCUGACACAGGACACAUCAAGAGUCACUGCCAUGCAGAUGGGACAGAGCAACCUGGUCCUGGGCCACAGGAGUAUCCGUAUGCAAGGAGCUUCUAGGCUCCCCAACAGCACCAUCUAUGUGGUUGAAGCCGGAUACCUAGGUUUCACAGUCUACCCUGGUGACAGAUGGGUGCUUGAGACUGGACAUCUGUAUGCAAUUACCAUCGAAGUAUUUGAUAGGUCCAGCAACAAGGUCUACCCAUCUGACAACAUCCGAAUUGAAGCUGUGCUUCCUGCUGAGUUUUUUGAGGUUCUGUCGUCUUCCCAGAAUGGGUCUUAUCAUCACAUCAGGGCUAUCCAGAGUGGCCAGACGGCCAUCAGUGCAACCCUCACCUCUGUGGUGGACCAGGACGGAGGGGUCCAUGUGCUUCAGGUACCUGUGUGGAACCAGCAAGAAGUGGACAUUCAUAUCCCCAUCACACUCUAUCCCAGCAUCCUGACAUUUCCAUGGCAACCAAAGACAGGCGCCUAUCAGUAUACCAUAAAGGCCCAUGGGGGCAGUGGGAACUUCAGCUGGUCUUCGUCAAGCUCCAUGGUUGCCACAGUCACCGUCAAGGGGGUCAUGACCACAAGUGGUGACACUGGCCUCAGUGUGAUCCGGGCGCACGAUGUUCAGAAUCCUCUCCAUUUUGGCGAGAUGAAGGUGUAUGUGAUUGAGCCCAGCAGCAUGGAGUUUGCCCCGUGCCAGGUGGAGGCUCGAGUGGGUCACACCCUGGAGCUGCCCCUGACAAUCAGUGGCUUCAUGCCCGGUGGGGGCAGUGAGGUGGUCACCCUGAGCGACUGCUCCCAUUUCGACCUGGUGGUGGAGGUGGAGAACCAGGGUGUGUUCCAGCCAUUGCCAGGGAGGCUGCCGCCAGGACCUGAGCACUGCAGUGGGGUCAAAGUGAAAGCUGAUGCCCAGGGAUCUACCACCCUCCUCGUGAGCUACACACACGGCCAUGUACACUUGGAUGCAAAGAUCACUCUUGCUGCCUACCUGCCCCUCAAGGCUGUGGAUCCCUCUUCUGUUGCUGUGGUGACCCUAGGCUCCUCAAAGGAAAUGCUGUUUGAAGGAGGCCCCAGGCCAUGGGUCCUGGAACCUUCCAAAUUCUUUCGGAAUGUCACUUCUGAAGACACAGGCAGCAUCAGCCUGUCUCUCUUGGGUCCUCCAGCCUCCCGGAAUUACCAGCAGCACCGGGUCCUCAUGACCUGCCAGGCCUUGGGUGAGCAGGUCAUUGCUUUGUCCGUGGGGAACCGGCCCAGCCUCUCUAACCCCUUCCCUGCUGUGGAGCCCACUGUGGUGAAGUCCAUCUGUGCCCCACCAUCCAGGCUCACUCUCAUGCCUGUCUAUGCCCUCCCGCAGCUGGACCUAUCCUGCCCAUUGCUGCAGCAGAAUAAGCAGGUGGUUCCAGUAUCCAGUCACCGUAAUCCCCUGUUAGACCUGGGUGCCUAUGACCAACAGGGCCGGCGAUUCGAUAACUUCAGCUCUCUGAGCAUCCAGUGGGAGUCCUCCCGGCCAUUGCUGGCCAGCAUUGAGCUUGACCAGCCCAUGCAGCUGGUAUCCCAGGAUGAUGGGAAUGGCCAAAAGAAACUACAUGGUUUGCAGACAGUCUCGGUUCACGAGGCAUCAGGAACCACAGCCAUCUCUGCCACAGCGACUGGCUACCAGCAGUCCCACCUGAGCGAAGCCAGAGUGAAGCAACCGCAUGACCCUCUAGUACCUGUGUCAGCCUCCAUUGAACUUAUUCUCGUAGAGGAUGUGAGGGUCAGUCCAGAAGAAAUGACCAUUUAUAACCAUCCUGGUGUCCAGGUGGAACUCUACAUCACAGAAGGCUCUGGAUACUUCUUCCUCAACACAAGCACCCAGGACAUCAUCAAGGUGGCCUACCAGGACACCCGGGGCGUAGCUCUGGUGCACCCUCUGCUCCCAGGCUCAUCAACUGUCAUGGUCCAUGACUUGUGCCUGGCCUUCCCAGCCCCCGCAAAGGCCAUCAUUCACGUCUCCGACAUCCAGGAGCUCUAUGUUCGAGUGGUGGACAAGGUGGAGAUCGGGAAGGCUGUCAAAGCCUACGUCCGUGUGUUGGACUUCUACAAGAAGCCUUUCCUGGCCAAGUACUUCACCUUUAUGGACCUGAAGCUGCAAGCAGCCUCCCAGAUAAUCACGCUGGUGACUCUGGAUGAAGCUCUAGACAACUACACGGCCACAUUCCUCGUGCAUGGUGUGGCCAUUGGCCAGACCAGCCUGUCUGCAAGCGUGACGGACAAAUCUGGGCAGAGAGUCAGCUCCACCCCACAACAAAUCGAGGUCUUCCCCCCAUUCAGAUUGAUACCCAGGAAGGUGACACUGAUCAUUGGAGCCAUGAUGCAGAUCACCUCUGAGGGGGGCCCCCAGCCUCAGUCCAACAUCCUCUUCUCCAUCAACAAUGAGAGUGUGGCAGCAGUGAGCAGCUCUGGGCUGGUGCGUGGGCUCAUGGUCGGCAAUGGCUCUGUGCUGGGAGUCGUGCAGGCGGUGGAUGCAGAGACUGGCAAGGUCAUCAUCGUCUCCCAGGAUCUUGUCGAAGUAGAGGUGCUACAGCUCCAGGCAGUGAGGAUCCGUGCCCCAAUCACACGGAUGAGGACCGGGACCCAGAUGCCUGUCUUUGUCACCGGAAUCACCAGCAACCAGAGCCCUUUCUCCUUUGGCAAUGCUGUGCCAGGCCUGACCUUCCACUGGUCUGUCACCAAAAGGGAUGUCCUGGACCUUCGAGGGCGGCACCAUGAGGUAUCUAUCCGGCUCCCGCCUCAGUAUAAUUUUGCCAUGAAUGUGUAUGGCCGAGUGAAAGGUCGGACUGGACUUCGGGUUGUAGUCAAAGCUCUGGACCCCACAGCUGGCCAGCUGCAUGGUCUCGGCAAGGAGCUCUCAGAUGAGAUCCAAAUUCAGGUAUUUGAAAAACUGCGGCUGCUGAACCCUGAAAUAGAAGCAGAACAAAUACUAAUGUCACCCAACUCAUUUAUAAAGCUGCAGACAAACAGGGAUGGUGCAGCCAUUCUGAGCUACCGUGUCCUUGAUGGGCCUGAGAAGGCUCCCAUUGUUCACACUGAUGAGAAGGGGUUUCUGGUGUCGGGCUCUGGAAUUGGAGUGUCCACCCUCGAAGUGAUUGCACAGGAGCCUUUCGGCACCAACCAGACUAUCCUUGUCGCUGUAAAGGUCUCUCCUGUUUCAUACCUGAGGAUCUCCAUGAGCCCAGUCCUGCACACUCAGCACAAGGAGGCGCUGACAGCUCUGCCUCUGGGGAUGACCGUGACCUUCAUUGUCCACUUCCACGACAGCUCUGGAGACAUCUUCCAUGCUCAUAAUUCAGUCCUCAAUUUUGCCACUAACAGAGAUGACUUCGUGCAGAUCGGCAAGGGUGCCACCAACAACACCUGCAUCAUCCGCACAGUCAGUGUGGGCUUGACGCUGCUCCAUGUGUGGGAUGUGGAGCACCUCGGCCUCUCCGACUUCGUACCACUACCUGUCCUACAGGCCAUCACCCCAGAGUUGUCUGGAGCCGUGGUGGUGGGUGACAUCCUCUGUCUGGCUAGUGUUCUUACUAGCCUGGGAGGUGUCUCAGGGACAUGGAGCUCCUCAGCCAGCCAUGUCCUCUACGUUGACCCUAAGACAGGCGUGGCUAUAGCCCGAGAUGCAGGGUCUGUGACUGUUUACUACGAGAUCGCUGGGCAGCUGAAGACCUUCAAGGAGAUAGUGGUCGGCACCCCUCAGAAGAUUGUGGCCCGUCGCCUCCACUCUGCCCAGACCAGUAUCCAGGAAGCCACAGCCUCCAAAGUGACUGUCAGCGUGGGAGACAGGAGCUCUAACCUACUUGGUGAGUGCUCCCCUGCCCAGCGAGAGGCCAUUGAAGCCUUGCACCCCGAGUCCCUCAUCAGCUGCCAACUCCAGUUCAAGCAAGAUGUCUUUGACUUCCCUGCUUGUGAUGUCUUCACCGUGGAACCAGGAUUUGAUGCUGCUCUGGGCCAGUACCUCUGCUCGGUUACUAUGCGCAGGCUGACAGAUAAGCAACUGAAGCACUUGAACAUGAAGAAGACAUCACUGGCAGUCACUGCCUCCAUCCCCAGCAGUUAUACCUCUGUAGAGAAGGUGGGAGCUGAGGUCCCCUUCAGUCCAGGGCUCUAUGCCAACCAGGCAGAAAUCCUUUUGAGCAACCACUAUACCAGCUCCGAGGUCAAAGUCUUUGGUGCUGUGGAGAGUCUGGAAAACUUGGAGGUGAAAUCUGGAUCCCCGGCAGUGCUAGCCUUCGUGAAAGAGAAGUCAUUUGGGCUACCCAGCUUCAUCACGUACACAGUGGGUGUCUUGGAUCCCACAGCUGGCAGCCAGGGCCCUCUGUCCACUGCCCUGACCUUCUCCAGCCCUGCCACUAACCAGGCCAUCACCAUUCCAGUCACCGUGGCCUUUGUGUUGGAUCGUCGUGGGCCUGGUCCCUAUGGAGCCAGCCUCCUGUCACACUUCCUGGACUCCUAUCAAGUCAUGUUCUUCACCUUUUUUGCUCUGCUGGCUGGGACAGCAGUCACCAUUAUAGCCUACCAUACAGUCUGUGCACCCCGGGAACUUGCUUCACCCCUGGCCCUCACGCCCCGUGCCAGCCCUCAGCACAGCCCCCACUGUCCAGGUGCUGUGGUGCUGUCAGAAUGAGCCAGAGACUCACCUCCAAGUGGACGUGUAUGGGCACCACGUCACCAAGAGUUGUUUGCCUUUGAAGGUCAUGUGUGAUCCUUUGAGGCUGAGCCAUAGGAUGGACUUUCUGGACGUGAGGAUAGAGUCUUUGUGCCCAGCCAGCCACUCAAUCUCCCCCGAGAGCUGUUAAUGGAGUCUUCCCUGCAUUUGUUUAAUAAAGUUCUGUGUAGUUUCUUAA